AUGAGGAACUCGUCUCUCACAGCCCAGGAUCCUGAAGCAUUGGACCCUUCACAGCAAAGCAACAGUGAAAAUGAUACCCUGGAGCCUCGUGAGGAUCAACCGCUACUUCAAGCUCCCGACGAAGACAGUUGGAAACCCCCUCGUGGGUUCGUCUGGAUUCAGUUGGCCAUUAUGUCGAAUGUAUUCCUCUACGGCCUCGAUAGUACCAUCACCGCUGCCACCUAUGCCGUCAUCAGCUCUGAGUUCGAUGCCGCAAACACAGCCUCAUGGUUGACUACAUCGUAUCUUGUCACUAGCACAGCGUUCCAGCCUCUCUAUGGCAGGGUAUCUGAUAUCUUUGGACGACGACUGUGUUUCUUCAUUUCGACCAUUACGUUUGCCUUUGGAUGUCUUGGAUGUGGUGUUGCGAACAAUAUCAUCUUUCUCAAUGUCAUGAGAGCAUUGACGGGCUUUGGCGGUGGAGGCUUGAUGACAAUGGCCACUAUUGUCAAUUCGGACAUGAUUCCUUUUAGGAAGCGCGGCAUGUACCAAGCUCUUCAGAACGGCAUCUAUGGCUUUGGAGCUAUUUCUGGAGCUUCCUUUGGUGGCUCGAUUGCCGACCAUAUUGGCUGGAGAUGGUGUUUUCUCUUCCAGGUGCCCGUAUCAAUCAUGGCUCUGAUCAUUGGAGCUCUGGUCGUCUCUGAUCAAUCUGGAGGUUUUUCGCUCGAUGGCAGUCUAGGUACUGUCUGGCACAGAGUCGAUUUCUCUGGGUCACUUCUUCUAGUCGUAGCUAUCUCGGUUCAGCUUGUGGGACUCAGCCUGGGGGGAAACGAGCUUCCCUGGGGUAGUCCUUGGGUGAUUGGAGCCCUGAUUGGAAGCGUUUUCUUGUUUGGUCUUUUCCUCGUCGUUGAGGAAAAGACGAGUGCCAUCCCGGUUAUCCCCCUCCGUUUGUUGCAAGGAAGGCUACCUAUUGCAACGCAGUGUGCAAACGUAUGCGCAGGCAUGGCUGCAUAUGGGUACCUUUUCAUGCUUCCGCUUUUCUUUCAGGUUGUUCUGCUUGACUCGGCCACCACAGCCGGUGCUCGACUUGCAAUUCCUUCACUGGCGACUCCAAUUGGCGGCCUUAUUGCUGGUGUAGUUAUGUCUCGUUGGGGCAAACUGCUUGCUCUUGUGCGAACUGGAGCUCUGUUGAUGGUAGUAGGCAACGGCUUGGUGACCUUACUCCAGUUUCAAGAUUCGAAGUGGAAGUACUUUGUCUAUGUCUUUCCCGCAAACCUUGGUCAAGGCAUUAUUUAUCCUGGUAUACUGUUUACUUCGCUCGCCUCGUUCGACCACGCCGAUCACGCUGUCACGGCCUCGACAGUGUACCUCAUCCGCUCACUAGGAACCGUCUGGGGCGUUUCAGUCACAUCUGCCAUCGUUCAGACUACACUCAGCGUUCGCCUACCUGAUGCAUUGAGUGACGUAGCAGAUAAAUGGAGAGUUAUUGAGCAAAUCAGACACUCUGUCGACUAUAUCCGUCAAUUACCUCCCGAUGUGCAACUCAGGGCGCGUCUGGUUUACUAUGAUGGUUUGAGAUAUGCGUUUGGCGCCUCGACUGCCGUAGCCCUUCUAGGACUCUGUGCUGCCUUGAUCGCCAGCGGAACUGGCCUUCGAACAACUCACAAGUAG